AUGCGCUUCGUCCGAACUCUUUCUCAGAUUGUAUUGCUCGCAUCUGCUGCCUGUGCAGCAGUAGUUGCACCCGUAGAGCCCAAAUUAGAUAUUAGUGCCAGCUUUGGCGAGGAGAAUCCAUUUGCUCAGGUGGUGAAUGGUCAAAGCACCAAAUUACUCGUCAAAAUUCUCAAUACAUCUGGAGCAAACGUUACGUUGGUGGAUAUUGGAGGUUCGUACCAUGAUGUGGAUACUGGAAAGACUUUGCGCAAUGUCACCGCGCGCAAAUUCAACCUCCCUAUCAUUGAAGGCAUGAACUUGACUUUCCCAUAUCUCCUUACCUCCGAACUGCGCCCAAAAGACACCAAACUCCUCGUAUGGGCGAAUAUCAAAGAUAGUGAUGCAAAUAUCUUCCGCAUGACAGCAUACGAUUCGAUCGUCUCUAUUGUUGAACCACCCUCGUCUAUUUUUGAUAUCCAAAUGAUCCUCACUUACCUUAUGGUCCUUGGUCUCCUUGGAGGCGGAGGGUACUACGCCUACCUCACCGCGAACCCCCCUCCAAAGAAAAAGUCUGGUGCUCCCUCUAACCUCCCACCUACUCAAGUCCCUCUCCCCGAGACUCCUGGUGGUGCUGCGCACUACGAGGAAGAAUGGAUCCCGUCACAUCACUUGGCAGGUUCAGGCGCUCGCGCACGCAAGGUUUCGAGGGGUGAGGCAUUGAGCUCAGGCGACGAGAGCGCUUCUGGGAAAAAGAAGAAGGGAGGAAAAGGUCGAUGA